ACUCAUCUUUUGAAGAGAAUGUUUUCGGAAUGAUAGGUGUCAUUUCUGAGGAUUGUGGCAGUCAGUUCGUUGGAACUCUUGUAAGUGUGUUGGUUGGUUUGAUUCCCGUUGCUAAGAAGAGAAGUCGUAUAGCUGUUGAUCAAGGGAAAAGAAUGCUCUUUUCGCCUUUCCUUGAUAAAAAGGUCGUGGGUACUCAUAGACCAUCUCCAUGUAUUGCCUCAGCUCGAGGCGAUGCAUCAGGUGGUGUUCAAUCUGGCUUUCUCUGCCCUACUCUUAUUCAGGAUAGAAAGUUGAUUGGCUGUGAACAGAUAACUCUCAUUCAGGAGGUUAGCAAGUCGGUUGUGUUCAAGAAACUACAUGCCACUUCAAAAUUCUUUUCCGGUUCAUCAUCAUCAUCAUCCUUAUCGUCGUCGUCGUCUGAUGAUUCUUCCUAUCAUUAUCUUCGACAGCAUGAUGUUUGUUCUACGCUUUCUAGCACAAUUCACUGUGUGCUUGAUGGGAUGAUCAUGAAACCAAUUCAAAAUGCAGAUACAAAUGAGCUUGAGGAAAUGACCACAACAGCCGUCGGUUGUCAUGGAGCUGCUUACAAUCUUGAGAGUAAAGAUGUGGUCGAGAAAGGAAGUCAAAUUUCGUUUCUGAGCAAGGAGGAUGUUUGUUCUACGCUUGCUAGCACAAUUCACUGCGUGCUUGAUGGGAUGAUCAUGAAUCCAAUUCCAAAUGAAGAUACUAACGAGCUUGAGGAAAUGACCACAACAGCAUCCGGUUGUCAUGCAGCUGCUAACAAUUUUGGGGGUACAGAUGUUGUCGAGAAAGAAAGUCAAAUUUUGUUUUUCAGCAAGGGGUACGUAUCUCAGAUGAUUUCUCUUUAUGAGAGUAAACGAUCAAAUAUCGUUUCUGAGAAAGAAAGUCAAAAAUCUUUCUUCAGCAAAGGGCAGAAUUAUUCGAUAAGUACGGACCCUCUAUUUGAAAGUGAACAAUCCAAUCUCGUUUUUGAGAGCAAUAGUAAGCCGGGGCCUAUUGAAAGUGAGAGUGAGAAUUCAACAAGUAUUGGCUUGAGUUGUAUACAAGAUAAAAAGGUCGUGGGUAUUCAUAGAGCGUUGCCGUAUAUUGCCCCAGCUCCAGGAGAUGCAUCAGGUAUUGUUCAAUCAGGGUUUCUCCAACCUACUCUUACUCAGGAUGGGAAGUUGAUUGGGUGUGAGAAUCAACAGGGUAAAGAUAAGCAAUUAACUUCUGUCAUGGAGCGUACAAGGAAAUUGCAUGAAGUUGACUUGACUAGGAAACAAGAAAUAAAUGCCGUGAACAUUCAUAGCAUUGUUCCUAAGGGUGGCAAGCCGAUUGAGUCUCAGAAACACAAGGGACAGAAAAAACAAUUAAAUUCUGUUAUGGAGUGUAGAACCGUAACUGGAUUGGUGCGGAAACAGCAUAAACAAGUAGUGGGUACCCAAAGAACCAUUACCGGUGCUGUCCCAGCUCAAGGUCAUAUACCAGUUGUUCGAUCUGGGUGUACACGACCAACUCUCAUUCAGAAAGAUAGCAGGUCGAUUGGGUCUGAGAAACUCCAGGGAUCAGAAAAACUAUUAAGUUCUGUUGCACAGAGUAAAAAGAAGCCAGGGAUCAUCGACUCAAGCAAGAAAAAUCAUAUAAACGUUGUGAAUACGCGUAAAGGUUUGGUUGGUGAGAGGUCUCUUCAGUCAGUAUCCAAAAGAAAACCAGGAAACAUCGACCCAAGCAGGAAGAAGGUGAUGAAGGUUGUGAGUACGCGUAAAGAUUUGGUUGAUGAGAGGUUUUUUCAGUCGGUAUCCAAAAAGAAUCAAGAAAACAUUGACCCAAGCAGAAAAAAUGAUAUAAAGGUUGUGGGUACGCUUAAAGAUUUUGUUGAUGAGAGGUCUCUUCAGUGUGUUUCCAAACACAAGAAUGCUAAAACUGUUUCUCGAGUACCAUCUUAUAAAGGUCGCAUAAUCAGCUCUACUUCUGAGCUCAAACCUCGGUGGAAUUUCUAGAUUAAGACGGUAACCUUGAGCUACAAGCAAAGCCACACUUUCGAUACGACCAGGGACGUUUCAGUACAUUUUUUUUAUUUUUUAUAUUAAAUAGAUAUUACUUGCUACUUGCUAGGAACUUACUUUUGUUCUUGUGUAUGCAGGUUAUGAAGACUGCACACAACUCAUCCAGUUAUCUCUCGUUUUUAAUCGUGAGGCCAGCUUUAAAUAUAGGUACUUGUAUCAGAUUCAAGUUUAACCAUUGCAGAAGAGCAGAAAUUCGUAAUUUGUGAGAUAUGCCCCGACCAAGUACUCAUAGUUGGGAAGGGGGUUUGAAGAAAGAGGCGAGGAUCCGUGAAGUAGCUGAUGAUGUUUUGGAUGAAGGUGAAGAGGAAGAAGCUGACGUUGACUAAUGCUUCAGUAGUACUAUUUACUUGUUUAGUUAGCUGUCAGAUUAUUUUGAAGUAUUUAUGUCGUGUUUUAGUGGAUGGUUAGUGGUCUCCGGUCUAUGGACCAUGUCUACUAGUAUUAAGUGGCUUAUUUAGGCUUUUUUUAUUUAUUUAUUUAUUUAUUUUUUCUAAAGUUUAUCUAAAGACUUCGUUGUAGCCUAUUUUUAUGGAAUGAAAGAAUUAAAUCUGUAGAAUUUGAUCA